AUGACAUCUACCACCGUAGCCGAUAAACUGAACCCCGAGCCCACACCCUCUCGAAGCUCGACACCUAAACCAAAAGAUGUCGACGCCCUCGGUCAAAUCGAAACCCAGUUUGUGCUGCCACCUCUCUGUACCCUUUCGGAAGCAGAAUACAUAGGCAUCCUACGCUCCAUUGGCGCCACGCGCCUCGAAAACCCGUCUCAACCCGUCGAAAUCGCCUCUAGCUCCCCUUUCUUCUCACAUCGGCACUUGCCCAAUGGUCUUUAUAAAGAUAUCGUCCGAGCACGUCAGAAGUAUCAACUGGCUUAUUGUAUUUCCAAUGCCGUUCAUAGUCUCACAUUGAUUCUUCAGCUUCUACUCGGAGCCGUCUUGACUGCUCUUGGAUCUUCUUCUGCUGCGAAACAUGGACUUGCGAUAACUAUAUUAGCGGCUGCCAAUACAGUGAAUGCGGGAUUAAUAGCUCUGUUCAACAAUACAGGCAUUCCGGAUAGAUUCUGGAACGAUUGGAACGAAUUCGAGGAUGUAGAGAUGUUUGUGAAAGAGCUGAUUGAGACAGGUUUGGUGGAGACAGAUAAAACCAAGGAACAAGUGGUAGCAGGAUGUUUUGUGAGAUUUCAAACGGCGAAGAUGACCGUUAGAAGGAAUAAGCCAGCAAGUUAUAAUGCGACGGCGAAAGAGGGAGCAAAGGCGAAGUGA